UGCGAUAGCCAACACACUCGAUAGGCAAUCGGGAAAGAGGAAGAAGAACGCACCGGCAGGAACAGCAACAUGAAUUCUCUGGCCAGGAUCGGGGGCUUUGUAUGCCAAUCGGUACAGAUAGCCGGCUGCGGACUGCAGCAGGUGCGCACCAAGUACGCCGACUGGAAGAUGAUCCGUGAUGUCAAGCGUCGCAAGUGCGUCCGGGAGAACGCCGUGGAGCGGCUGCGGGUCAACUCGCUGCGCAAGAACGACAUCCUGCCGCCGGAGCUGCGCGAGCUGGCCGACGCCGAGAUUGCCGCCUUUCCGAGGGAUUCAUCGUUGGUCCGAGUGCGGGAACGCUGUGCGCUUACGUCACGGCCGCGCGGAGUCGUCCACAAGUACCGGCUCAGCCGGAUCGUUUGGCGCCACCUCGCCGACUAUAACAAGCUGUCCGGCGUGCAGCGCGCCAUGUGGUAGCGGCUCCUUCUGUUAGCAAUCUAGGGAAAUAAACCAUGUUAGUAGUCCACCUC